UCCGGCCCCAGGAUGCAGAAUGUGAUUAACACGGUGAAGGGAAAGGCACUGGAAGUGGCUGAAUACCUGACCCCAGUCCUCAAGGAAUCAAAAUUUAAGGAAACGGGUGUUAUCACCCCAGAAGAGUUUGUGGCAGCUGGAGAUCACUUAGUCCAUCACUGUCCAACAUGGCAAUGGGCUACAGGGGAAGAAUUGAAAGUGAAGGCAUACCUACCAACAGGCAAACAAUUUUUGGUAACCAAAAAUGUGCCGUGCUACAAGCGGUGUAAACAGAUGGAAUAUUCAGAUGAAUUGGAAGCUAUCAUUGAAGAAGAUGAUGGUGAUGGGGGAUGGGUAGAUACAUAUCACAACACAGGUAUUGCAGGGAUAACCGAAGCAGUUAAGGAGAUUACACUGGAAAGCAAGGACAGUAUAAAACUCCAAGAUUGCUCAGCACUAUGUGAAGAGGAAGAAGAGGAAGAUGAAGGAGAAGCUGCAGAUAUGGAAGAAUAUGAAGAGAGUGGAUUGUUGGAAACAGAUGAGGCUACCCUAGACACAAGGAAAAUAGUAGAAGCUUGUAAAGCUAAAACUGAUGCUGGAGGUGAAGAUGCUAUUUUACAAACCAGAACUUACGACCUUUACAUCACUUAUGAUAAAUAUUACCAGACGCCACGACUAUGGUUGUUUGGCUAUGAUGAGCAAAGGCAGCCUUUAACAGUUGAGCACAUGUAUGAAGACAUCAGUCAAGAUCAUGUGAAGAAAACAGUGACCAUUGAAAAUCAUCCUCAUCUCCCACCACCUCCUAUGUGUUCAGUUCACCCGUGCAGGCAUGCUGAGGUGAUGAAGAAAAUUAUUGAGACUGUUGCAGAAGGAGGGGGAGAACUUGGUGUUCAUAUGUAUCUUCUAAUUUUCUUGAAAUUUGUACAAGCUGUCAUUCCAACAAUAGAAUAUGACUACACAAGACACUUCACAAUGUAAUGAAGAGAGCAUAGAGUCUAUCCGAAUUAUUGAUUCUGAUUUUUAAAGAAUUAACCCAUAGAUGUGACCAUUGCCCACAUUCACCAAUAUGUAUAAUUUCUCUAAUAAAGGGACUUAAAUGUUUAUGCAUUAAAUAAAAAAAAUGUUCUA